AGUGAAGCAGACAAAAUGGCUGUAGGACGAAGCUAGCUGCUUGGCUAAUGUAAACAUCCACCAACAGCAGACUGGAGAGGGAGCGAAGAUAACGUUACCCGAUAAGUUUUUGACCCGAAUGAGAGUCUGUCUUCCUUUUCUAGGUGAAUGAUGAUGAGCCAGCGGCGUGGGAUCCAUCUGGACCAAUCAGAAUUGCUUUGCAAAAAAGGAUGUGGUUUUUAUGGCAACACUGCUUGGCAAGGCCUAUGCUCAAAGUGCUGGCGAGAGGAAAAUCAGCGAGAAAAGCAAAAACAGAUUCAAGAAGACUGGGCGCUUGCUGAGAGGCUGCAGAGAGAGGAAGAGGAAGCAUAUGCAAGCAGACAGCAGAAGACGCAAUCACAGCCUAGCAUCACUCCCUUCAGCAAAUUUGAAGAAAGAAAAACUAAGGAAAAGUCAAGCAAAGUCAACACUGUCACAAAGUUUUUUACUCCAUCCAGUAAAACACCACCAAAAAAAGAUGCUGCUCUUUUCGACUCGCAGUCCAGCCCAAGUCCCAGCUCUUCAGCAAGCCGACAUUCCUCUGCAGACAGUGAUCACGCGACGCGAGAGUUCAUUGAUUUUCUCAAGCCUCUGAAAUCUGGCAGGGAGAUCUUCAAACAGUGCCGGGCCUUCACUGAGAGCAUGGUCUAUAAGCGGGACAUGGGAGCUGAUGAGUUGUCAGAGUGUGUGCAGGACUUCUACCAGAACCUCUCAGAACGCCUUCAGACUCAGUUUAAAGGUUCGACAGAUCAUGUCGAGAGUGUUAUGGAUGAAGUAGAGAAGUACAUGAUGACUCGUCUCUACAAGGAAGUCUUCUGUCCUGAAACCACAGAUGAUGAGAAGAAAGACCUGGCCAUUCAGAAGAGAAUCAGAGCCUUGCACUGGGUCACCAUUGAGAUGCUGUGUGUUCCUGUAGAUGAGGAGAUUCCAGAGGUUUCUGACAGUGUAGUCAAAGCCAUCACAGAUGUGAUCGAAAUGGAUUCCAAGCGCGUGCCCAAGGACAAACUGGCCUGCAUUACUCGCUGCAGCAAGCACAUCUUCAACGCCAUCAAAAUCAGCAAGAAAGAGGCUGCGUCUGCAGACGACUUUCUCCCCACGCUCAUCUACAUAGUGCUGAAAGCAAACCCUCCGCGACUGCAGUCCAACAUCCAGUACAUCACCCGAUUCUGCAACCCCAGCAGACUCAUGACUGGAGAGGAUGGCUACUACUUCACUAAUCUGUGCUGUGCAGUGGCUUUCAUUGAGAAGCUGGACGGCCAGUCUCUGAACCUAAGCUCUGAGGAGUUUGAGCUCUACAUGUCGGGCCAGGCAUCCCCCCACUGGCCACAGGCCUCUGGAGCCUCAUCCUGCUCCCCUGGUAGCGCCGCUCUCAGUCAGGUCCACAAACGGCUGGACCUGCUAACUGGGCUUGGGGAAAGGCAGGAGCGGGUCAUGGAGAAGGCUCGGCAGCUGGAGAGUGACCUCAUUGACUGGACGGAUGAAGUGGAGCAGAAGGUGCAGAGCGUCCUGGAGAGCUUUCCACCGGAGACACCAGCCCCUGCUGCCAACACGGCUAGCGGGACGACGUCCGCAGCAUCAUCAGCAAUCGACUCGGAUAAUGUCGAGAACGAGCUCCUGCCUCCACCGCUGACACCUCAAGUGUUUGCUGGUUGAUAUGAAGAGUUCUACUCCACAGAAAUCCUCUAGAGGCUUUACUCCACCCUCUCCCUUUUCCCUGCUGCUCGUAUGCACAUACAGCAGCUCUCUUAUACAGAAACUGUCUCUGUUCCAUCCAUCCAGGAACCGUUUGGCAUUUUGAGAGGUGCAUUUAUUCACUUUCUUGCAGAGAGUUAGAUGAGAAGAUUGAUACCACUUUAGUGUCUGUACGUGAAGCUGCAGUCAGCUGCUCUUUAGCGUAGCUUCGCAUAAAGACUGAAAACAGGAACAAACGGCUAGCUUGCAGAUGUUACAAAAUUGAUCUACUAUCCUUUGAAAAACUCACAAGUUACCACAUCAUAUCUUGUUCUAAUUCGUGAAAAAAAAAAGACAAGUGACUUCUGUUUUCAUAUGGCUCAUUGAGCUAAUAGGCGCUAGGAUAGCUGUUUCCAGUCUUCUUGCUAAGCUGAGCUGAGAGUGUCCCGUCUGCAGUUUCAUACUGUAUUAAACUGAGAAAUGUGUUGGUGGUAUUGACCUUCUCAUCCACACAAAAGCAAAUAAGCGUAUUUCCCCAAAUGUCAGACGAUUUCGGUAACAUGAGGCAACAUGAGGUGGAGUCCUGGAGGGAAAGUACACUCCAAGUAUUUUGUCCAGAGAGGAAAGUCAAUGAUCUGAUGCAGCAACUUCUGUUACAGUUUAUGAUAAGCAGAAAAGAAGAAUAUACAAGUAUAAUGAAGGUGCUCUUAGGUAGGGGAGACAAAAGUUUUAAAAAAAAAGAUAAAGAUUGCAAGUCACUCCCCUGGCAAAUAUGUUAAAAAGCCGAUACUGAGAUGGCUGAAAUUCUAAAAAAAAACAACAAAAAAACAUAGACAAUACGAGUACGUGUUAAAAUAGAACUUCGAUAAUCCAGCAUGCUCUGACUGUUGCUUUCUACGAGUGAGGCGGGCCGGUAAACCGCCUGGAGGCAUCCUGCUGAGAUGCCCAGAUGACCUGAACUGGCUCCUUUUCAAGCAAAAGAAGCAGAAUAACUCCACUCUAAGCUCUUCCCAGACACAUCAGUUUGUCAUCCUCAGUACAUUAUUUUUUUUUUAAUCACUGUUACAUUUCUGCAUACAGGAUAAAUGACUUGAGUUUUUUAAAAAACAUGUUUCAGUUGUUAAACACGACUUUUCAGACAAGGUUUUUGUCCUCAUGUUUUGUUGUAUGUCUUCAGGUGUAAAUGAAUUAGUUCAGGUUCAAAGUGACACGUAGAACCCAAGUAACACCUAGCAAAAUAACAGGAGUUUUCAGUAAAUUAUGCUUUGAGAUAGAGGACAUGAGGAAAUGAGAAUGACUCCACUUCCUCUCCCUUAAACUCCCUUCCAGCUCAUUCUUGUGAUUUGUGCUGUAUUUAGUGUGUUAUUUCCUGCCCUACGGAGAAAAUACCAAGAGAGAAAGAGUGAGUGUGUGUGUGUGUGUGAGGCGGUUGUGCAUGUGGCCAAGUGUGUGUGCGUGCGUGCGUGUUGCAUGGAGAUGCUCCGUUGUUGUCGAUAAAUCAAAAAGUCCUCCAGUUGUGCGUGCGGAUGUUGUAGUCUUGUUUCCAUGGCAGACCUCUCAUUCCAGUCAUAAGCUGGAUGUACAGAAGUGAUUUUAUUUUUCUAUAGAGUGACAGGUAUCAAUUCUUCUGGAUGCAGUAGGAGACAUUAAUCCUGUAAUAUUUACAGUAGUUACCAUUGCUUGGAGACAUGUUGUAUGAAUUCUAAUGAUUGAUUAGUCUCAAGAAGGUGUCGUGAGCAUGUCUACUAAAAGAACAGUUUUAGGUGAAUUAUUUUUAUCGUCAUUGUUUUGCUCUGACAGAGCUGUUGGAUUACAAGAAAACAAAGAUGAUGCUGUUUCCUUGUAAACACAAAACAUACAAAUCCCUCCCGAGCCUACAUUUGCUUUACUAGUGCAGAAGAAUCAACACAACUCAGUUUAACUUAUUUUUAAAAGCACUUUUGUUUGAUUUUAAAGGUCUUAUUUCAGAUCGAAGGAAUGACAGUGAAAACAGUGUUGCCGCACAGAUUUAUUUCAGCUGGCUUUUGGUAGUCUUAAAGUGAAGGAAUUGUUUGGAAAAGUUGUAUGUUUGAUAAAAAUGCGAAAGGCACAUUUUUAUUUUUUCCAGUUCCUCAUGAGCUAAGUUUUUCUUAUGUCGCUAGACUUGAAUCUUUUCGUUCGCAUUUGCAACAGUAUAGUCAGUGUGCAGUUGCUGUCAAAUAUUAGUUUGAGAAAAGCCUUUUAAUGCAAAUUUAAACUAUAGCUUGAAUAACUUCAUAUUGCACUGUAUGCAGAAGCCAUUUAUCAGGUGUUUAAAGACAUCAUCUUUGUUACCUUUUAGGUUUGUUCUUGUAUCACAUGGGAGAAAUUAACUCAAUACUGUCUUUUAUUUAAAAGUAACUUAUUGGGACAGUAUUGGUAUAUUUGCAUCUAUGGGUGUGUGAUGAUUAAUAAAACUGGAAAAUGCA